AUGUCUGUUCAUAUCUAUCUAUCUAUCUAUCUAUCUAUGUAUCUCAGUCUGCUCAUUACCUAUCUAUCUAUCUGUCUAUCUAUCUCAAUCUGUUCAUAUCUAUCUAUCUAUCUAUCUAUUCAUAUCUAUCUAUCUCAAUCUAUUCACAUGUAUCUAUCUCAAUCUACUCACAUCUAUCUAUCUAUCUAUCUCAAUCUAUACACAUCUAUCUAUCUAUCUAUCUCAAUCUAUUCAUAUCUAUCUCAAUCUAUUCACAUGUAUCUAUCUCAAUCUAUUCACAUCUAUCUAUCUAUCUAUCUAUCUAUCUGUCUACUUAUCUAUCUAUGUUUUCGGCUCAAAUGUUAUUUUGAAGCAACAAAAGUGGUGAUGAUAUACAAAGUCUUGUCAAAGUCUCCUCAGCAAAAACCAAUUUUUCUAUUGAAUCUGUCGCACUUACACUGUCGUCCCUAUUGA